AUCGAUAGCCUGUGAUAUACAACUGAGCCCAGCUGAUUCAAUUGCCGGCUUCUCCUCGUCCUUGUUACCGGACUACCAUGGACAAGCUGCAAGUCUUGGCUCCUGUUACAAAGGUGGGUCUUGCCCUUGUGCAGAGUCGAGACUAACCACGGCACAGCUCAGUGAGAGCGUCACCAGAAUCUUGGCCCAGGUAAUUGAUACGAUUCGGUUCGUUUCUCUACAACAUCAGAAUCUGAAGCAAUACAGAACCCGGGGAAAUUCACAUUGCAGGGUAUGAUGGCCCAGCUCAGUGCAAACCCUCUGGUCCGAUAAACAGCCCAGGGACAAAUACAUAUCUCGUGGGAAAGCAACGUCCGUUCAUACUGCUCGAUGUCGGCGAGGGGCGAGAUGAAUAUACCGCUCUGCUUGAAGCUAUCAUCAGAAGGGCCGGAACCUCCGAGUCCUCCGAGCCUGAUAUCUCCGACAUUAUAAUCUCCCAUUGGCACGAGGAUCAUGUCGGCGGCCUUCCAAAGGUUCUCGCCCUCCUCGAACGCCUCUGGCACGAACGUCAUGACACUCUCUCUUUCAAACCACCGCGUCUUCACAAAUUUCCGACUCAAACAUGCCCCCAGUACAGCAAGCUUCCAGCGAUCCUCUCAUCUUUGCCCCCGAAUUCGCUCGUAACCGCGCCCGAUGGCAGCCACUUUCACGAUCUACGUGACGGGGACGUGCUGUCAGGAUUGCAUGUGCUUCACACUCCGGGACACACGGUCGAUUCCAUGUGUCUCUACUUCCCUCAGGACGGAGCGUUCUACACGGCUGAUACCGUUCUCGGACAAGGGACCGCAGUAUUCGAGGAUCUUGCGACGUAUAUCGGGAGUCUGCGCAGGAUGCUGGACUACGUGAACGAGAGGAAGGCGUUCACUCUGUAUCCCGGGCAUGGACCCGUCAUUUACGAUGGACCGAAAGUCAUCGAAACGUAUAUUAAGCACCGGAUGGACAGAGAAGCUCAGAUUCUGGGCAUCAUCGGAGCAAGACCUGGGGAUAACACACCGUCGACGACGUGGUCAAUUGUAGCGCAGAUCUAUGCAGCUUAUCCGGAGUCGUUGUGGCUUCCUGCUUCACGCGGCAUUGAUCUCCACAUGCGCAAAUUGGAGGGUGAGGGUGUGGUCCAGCGUCUAGAUGGCGAGGGGAAGGACGCGGUAUGGGUACUGGUCUAGAUUGUGACUUUCUUAGAUUUCCGUGGCUCGCAGUGAUGGUAGUUGAGAGCAGCAAGUAACUUGCGGCCCGGUCGGCGCACAGCUUAGCUAAUACUUGGCACCGAUGGGGAUUUGCGUUGCUUCCUCUUAUCCAUCUCUUCGCACUCCGUCGGGCUUCCUGGUACUAUCAUAGCUGCCGAUCUCACCAUCAAGCGCUCGCCUGACUGCGAGCCGCAUGAUGUUAUCUCCUCACCCGUUUGCGCGGCCGUUGAAAACGAUCAUUGAUUUUCUCCGGACGCGUUAAUAUAAAGCUGGGUGUGGGAUUUGUAUGAUGGUUUCAGGGAGAGAAGAUGUUCGACUUUGCUCUACUCGCCGUUCUCGUCCUGUGCGCGUCGCAUGGCGCGAGUGCUAUCGGCCCCGGCAAUGCCAACUUCCCGCGCAAGCCUGUAAUUCCGAUACCAUCCAUGCACGACAUUGGACCGGUGACAAGUCGGAACGGGACCGCUCUGCCGCCGUACACAACGACAUACUCUUUCCAGCAGCUGAUCGACCAUAACAAUCCGUCGCUUGGGACCUUCACUCAGCGUUACUGGCACACCUAUGAGUUUUAUGAGCCUGGCGGCCCGAUCAUCUUCUUCACUCCCGGGGAAGCGAACGCAGCUCCCUAUUCUGGCUAUCUGACCAAUCGGACUAUCAACGGUCAAAUUGCGCAGCAGGAGAACGGCGCGGCAAUCGUCCUGGAGCAUCGGUUCUAUGGUCUGAGCAAUCCGCUUCCGGACUUGAGCGUCGCAAGCCUUCGCUUGCACACAAUCCAGCAGGCGAUCGAGGAUCUCAAGUACUUUUCGGAAAAUGUGGUGCUGCCCAUGCCUAACGGAGGGAACCUCAAACCCUCGACGACGCCUUGGAUUCUCGUUGGUGGGAGCUACUCUGGUGCCCUCACCAGUUACACCAUGGUUAACAAACCCGGUCUCUUCGCUGCUGGCUAUGGAUCCAGUGCCACGGUGCAGACGAUACUGGACUUCUGGCAGUACUUUGAGCCUGAACGUCUCUUCAUGGCACCCAACUGCUCCGCGGACGUCGAGGCAGUCAUUUCCCAUAUCGACCAGGUGUUCACCAGUGGGAAUUCCCGUGCUAUCCAGUCUAUCAAAAACAUGUUUGGGAUGGGUUCGAUGACGCACCUGGAUGAUGUCGCCGGUGCGCUGCGCAAUAAUCUGUGGGAUUGGCAGGCUUUGUCUCUCAGCGGAGGCGCUGGCGGCCAGUUCUUCCAGUUCUGUGAUGCACUGGAGGUCAAGAACGGAGUCAGUGCCCCUGCCCGUGGCUGGGGCGUGGAUCAUGCCCUUGCUGCCUGGGGUCAGUUUUGGACGCAAACUUAUUUCCCAGCGAUCUGUGGGGGAUCGAGUGCUGUAGACUGUCUUGGAACAUAUGAUGCGAACGCAACUUACUAUACAACUACUGCGAUCGAUAACUCGGGGAGGUCAUGGUUCUGGAUUGUCUGCAAUGAAGUUGGAUUUUUCCAGGAAGCGUCACCAUUGGGAAAGCCUUCCUUGGUAUCUAGGUUGAUCCAGCCCGGCUACGACCUCCGCCAAUGCCAGUUGAUGUUCCCCGAAGCUUUCCCCAGCCCUCCGAACAUUCCAACGGCCCAGACGAACCGCGUGUACGCGGGCUGGAACGUGUCUGUCCCGCAUCUUUUCCUCGCAAACGGAGAACGGGAUCCCUGGCGAUAUGCGACACUGUCGGCACCAGGUGUAACGACCAAGAGCACACCAGAACAGCCUAUCGUCGUCGGUCAAGGGUUCCAUUGCGGAGAUCUUUGUGCGCCGUCCCUCGUUGAAGCAGAUAUCUCUGGUACUGAUCGCUCUUCGAAGCCACCGCUGAAGCUGCGGCCAAUCCCAGCGUUCUUGCUGUUCAAAAGGCUGGCCUUGCUUCCAUCAAAGGCUGGAUUGCAGCUUGGAAACCGGUGAAUGUGAAACGAAGCGAUCCGGAAACUCUUUCAAAGCCGAUACAGGGAUGGUUUAGGCAACCAACGUCGUUCUAAUCAUAGUCCAAUAGUCCAUUGUAUGUAAGGCUCCAUCGAUCAAGGUCGUGCGCGGGUACAAUCGUCGUCUGUGCUUGUGGCUGUCAUGGAGCCCUGCUUUUCGUUGUCAUCUUGACAAGAGGCUUCGACGAGAACACGAUCCAGGUCUGAUAAUGGAAGCUCACACCUUCGGAUUCUGCUGCUCUCACCACAGCCCGUAGACUAUCGAUAUCAACAUCGAAGUAUCCCCUCCAGCUCCAGAAUUGGCUUCUGUCGCAGAUCCUCUCAGUGUUUUCUGAAUUCGGCAAUGUACCUGCAACGUCGUGAUCCCAGACCUUGGAAACCGUCUUAGUACCGCUCACGCUAAGUUACAGUCUCAUCCGCUCAGGUCACCGCGCUGGAGCAAUCGAGUCCCGAACCUGGGGCCACCAGCCCAGACCCAAUCGAAUGUAAUCUUUCUCCCUUCCCUGUCUCAGCGGAUGGGUUUUAAAGAGCUCUGUCGGCCCAAUGAUUACGCGUCUCCCAUGAGGAGCAAGCCAUGCCCGAGCUCAAUACAUAACGUGCGUUCGGCGGCGAUAUUCGGUAUGAUGAAGCAUUCGCUUUGCAUAGGUUCUCUCCGAACCACCGGCGCAAGACUUCUCCGUUCCCUGUUGCUGAGCUGCUCCAUGAGUCCCGAGCCGAAGCGUCCAUUGGAAUUCCGUCAGACUGUCUGACACUGAUCAGACAGCUCACGUUAUCCUCCAAGUGUGUGGACCGUGGAUCUGGUGGUUUGUCGUCUUUGCGCCUGGGCAAAAGUCAGGUGGAACCUCCCGUCUGAAUAAUUGACGGCACAAGCCUAUUCGAGAAGAGCAAGCCUCCAGUCGUUCAUGAGACUUUGACUCUAGAUUCUGUUCCUCGCUGAACCCAGCGAUAAUCACUUCCAUGGCGGCCAGAGAUUGAACGGAUUGCAGAUCCUUCAAAAUGCACUUCUGUUCCGCGGUGGAUUUUGCUAUCCGCAAGACGAAGCGUUCUGUAAGAUUGUUACACUUCUCGGGCAAUUGGCCGUGGUGUGAGCAUGUACUGAGGGUGACGGCAGGAUGCUCGACUCGGCGAGUGAAAAAAAGGCCUUUAACCCAUAUCCCGGGUACGUUUCCGUGAUUUAACACGGACAGCGUGGUAGAUUCGUAUAGCGAAUUCAGGAUGGGGGUGAUUCCCUGCUUCGAGCAGUGUGUAUUUUCACAUGCGUGAAUUGGACGAUGAGGCAUGAUCCAGGGUAAGCAUGGCAAAGGAAAUGACGCAGCAUGCGCGCUGACGUUCUUUUUUCUACGUUUCUGGCAUUGUUUAAAUUCAAUUGAGG